ACAACGGCACAAGACAAAGAGGCUAACCUGGUCGUUGCAGCGGGUUCAGGUGUUACCUUAUCGUAAGGACGCAGAGAGAGAGAGAGAGAGAGAGAGAGAGCAAGGUGAAGGGGAAGAAGGUAAAGGAGAAGGAGGAAGGAAAAAGAGGAAAUGGGAAGCAGAGGUCCACCUCAAAGCCUUCCCAGUUCAGCUGCCUUUUCCAGAGGUUACAACUUCGCUUCCACUUGGGAACAGAAUGCGCCUUUGACAGAACAUCAACAAGCCGCCAUUAUAUCCCUCUCUCAUGCCGUUUCUGAACGACCCCUCCCUCUCAAGCUGGCUCAGGAGAAUGCGUCGGUGCAAGACACUGCCUUGACGGUUAAAACCAAGGAUAGCUCGUUCGAUGAUAAUGGUGCUGUUCAGACUGUUAUGGUCAACACCAAUCAAUUUUACAAAUGGUUUACGGAUCUUGAAUCUGCCAUGAAAUCAGAGACGGAAGAGAAAUAUCAACAUUAUGUGAACACUCUAACGGAGCGGAUACAAACAUGUGAUGAUAUUCUCCAACAGGUUGAUGACACCCUAGACUUAUUCAAUGAGCUACAAUUGCAGCAUCAGGCAGUAGCUACAAAGACUAAAACGCUUCAUGAUGCAUGUGAUAGACUGGUACAAGAGAAGCAAAGACUAAUUGAUUUUGCGGAUGCACUUCGUAGUAAACUCAACUACUUUGACGAACUGGAGAAUGUUGCUACGAAUUUUUAUUCUCCAAACAUGAAUGUUGGAAAUGAGAACUUUCUCCCACUUCUCAAAAGGCUUGAUGAAUGCAUCUCGUAUGUUGAAAGCAACCCACAGUAUGCAGAAUCCAGUGUUUACUUGCUUAAAUUUAGACAACUUCAGUCCAGAGCACUUGGCAUGAUGCGCUCCCACGUAUUGGCUGUUCUUAAAGGUGCCUCUUCUCAGGUCCAGGAAUCAAUACGUGGAAGUGGGGGUGGCAAAGCAUCCAUCUCUGAGGGAGUAGAGGCAUCUGUAAUAUAUGUUCGCUUCAAGGCAGCAGCAAGUGAGCUUAAGACGCUACUUGAAGAAAUUGAAAGCAGGUCUUCAAGGAAGGAAUAUGGUCAAAUGCUGGCAGAAUGCCACAAAUUGUACUGUGAGCAACGCCUCUCAUUGAUAAGAAAUAUUGUUCAUCGGCGGAUAUCAGAGUUUUCCAAGAAAGAGUCCUUGCCAUCAUUGACUAGAUCAGGAUGUGCAUAUCUCCUACAGGUCUGUCAACUUGAGCACCAGCUCUUUGAUCAUUUUUUUCCAGCUUCUUCAAAGGAUAUUUCAAGUUUAGCUCCAUUAAUGGAUCCUUUGUCAACAUAUUUGUAUGACACACUGCGUCCGAAACUUGUUCAUGAAACAAAUAUCGACUUUCUUUGUGAACUUGUUGAUAUACUUAAAGUGGAGGUCCUGGGGGAACAGCCUAGUAGGAAGAGCGAAUCCUUAGCUGGCCUUCGUCCUACAUUUGAGAGAAUUUUAGCAGAUGUACAUGAGCGACUGACUUUCCGUGCUCGAACUCAUAUCCAUGAUGAGAUUGCGAAUUACAUACCAUCUAAAGAGGACUUGGACUACCCUGAAAAGCUGAUGAGAUCUGCUGAAAGUACAUCUGAGAUCAAUCCUGCGGAUGACAACCCAGACAUAUUUAAGACAUGGUAUCCACCGCUAGAGAAAACUAUAUCAUGUCUUUCAAAGUUGUAUCAAUGUUUAGAGUCAGAAGUUUUUACAGGUUUAGCGCAGGAAGCAGUGGAAGUUUGCUCAACUUCUAUUCAGAAAGCAAGUAAAUUAGUUGCAAAGAGAUCAUCUCAAAUGGACGGACAGCUCUUCUUAAUAAAGCAUCUUUUAAUUUUAAGGGAGCAGAUUGCACCUUUCAAUAUUGAAUUUUCAGUCACACAGAAGGAACUUGAUUUCUCUCACGUCCUGGAGCAUCUACAAAGACUCUUGAGAGGUCAAGCUUCAAUAUUUGAGUGGUCAAGAUCAACUUCAUUGGCGAGGACAUUGUCUCCUAGGGUUUUGGAAAACCAAAUUGACACCAAGAAGGAGUUGGAGAAAAGCCUUAAAGCCACCUGUGAGGAGUUCAUCAUGUCAGUCACCAAGUUAGUUGUGGAUCCUUUGCUAUCAUUUGUUACAAAGGUUACAGCAGUUAAAGUUGCAUUAUCUUCAGGUGGUCAAAAUCCAAAGCUUGAUUCAGUUAUGACCAAACCUCUAAAGGAUCAGGCUUUCGCUACCCCAGAUAAGGUCGCCGAACUAGCUCAGAAGGUCAGGACUGCUAUUCACGAGCAACUGCCAGGGGUAAUAGAAAAGAUGAAGCUUUAUUUGCAAAAUCCAUCAACAAGAACAAUACUUUUCAAGCCAAUAAAGACAAAUAUUAUUGAAGCACAUACGCAAGUACAGUCCCUCUUACAAGCAGAAUACGCGACUGAAGAGAUCAAGAUUAUUAAUCUAAAAUCCAUACAGGAACUGCAAACUGAGCUAGAUAAUCUUCUCUAAAUUAUAUUAUUAUUACAUUCUAGAUAAUUUUGUAAAAUUAUUAGCAAGAGGCAGCAGAUUCGCCUUCUUGCCAGAGGAUCAUGUGCAAUUUUGUUUUUAAACAUAUAUACCGGUUGACAUUUUUUUGUAGUACAAUUUUUUCGUUAGUUAGCAACCAACCACAUUUUUUUCCGGCGUAUUGUCGCCAGUGUUAUUUUUGUAAGACAAAGUUGGUCU